UCAAAAGUUUUUUUUUAGGUGAACAGUGUCAGACAUGGCAAGACCUGCAAAAGUAUCGAGUCUUGCUUUUGAGGGUUGAGCUAAAUCAAGUGGGCCCGGGUCGAGCUGAGGGCUGACCCGACCUCUUAACACUUUUAAUUAUAUUAACUAACAUGUCAACCGUCCUAUAUUUUCAAUACAUUUUUUUUUUAAUAACGUCUGCUCAUUUAUUUUCAGUAAAUGUUAAUCUUUCUUUCAAUAGCAGGGUUGUGCCUGAGAGUUAGGCUAAAUCAAGGGGUUUUGGGUUAAGCUGAGGGCUGAUCUGACCGUAUAUUUUCGACACCUACUCUUUUUUUUUGUAACACCUGCUCAUUUAUUUUUAAUAAAUGUUAUUAUUUCUCUUACUCUUCUUUCUCCCACUCAUUUUUUCUCUAUAAAUGUCAAAUCAUCUUUUUCUCUUCAUUUUGCAUUUAAUUUUUUAGAAAAAUGAAAAAAAAAAAAAGAGAUUUAUCAACCCAAUCUUGACUAGAAGCAGUGGUUCUAGUAGUUCAAAGUUCUAAGCCACAUAAAAAAAGUAAUUAGCUUAACAAUUAUUGGACCUUUGCUUCUUGUUCCUAUCUUUCUUUCUCUCUUUCUCUAUGUUCCUUGUACUGAGUAUGAUCCUCUUCCUUCUCCCACCUUACUCAGGCGCUGAGAAUGGUGAUGAAUUCUGUCCCCCAACAAGUUGCAGCCCAGACGGACCAGAAAUUAGAUAUCCCUUCCGACUCAAAACUCAACCACUCUUUUGUGGCGAUGAAGGGUUUGAAUUGUCUUGCUCAAACAACAAGACAUUGUUGCGCCUUCCUUCCUCAGGCGAUUACUAUGUGCAAGAAAUUGGAUAUCAUUUUGGCUCGAUUACCAUUAUGGAUGUGCAGGAGACGGCAUGCACAAUACAAAGUCUUCUAGCCUCUAACCUCAAUAACUCCAGAUUCUAUGUUCCCUAUCUGGAAGAAAGCACAUUAUUCAACUGCACCAACAGGAUUCAAAACACCAGAAGUUAUUACAAUGUAGUUGGACCUAUUAGUUGCCUCAGUUAUGAUAGAAAUUUUGUUUAUGUAAUGCCUUCAUACGAAUAUUCAGAUCAAAUUCUGCCCUUAAAUUGUAGAAAAUAUAAAACGGUUGAAAGUUCUAUAGAUUUGUUUUCGGCGGAUGCUACUGGAGGGACUUCCACAAAUCCAGCAAUCGAAAUAGGAUGGAAACCUCAUAAAGAAUGCAAUAAAUGCGAAGGUUCAGGACACUACUGCUGGUUCAAGACUACAAGCAAUUCUGUAAUGUGUUGCAAACGUGACAAUCCAAAAUUCUGUUUCAGCCAUCAUUCUCCCAUAAAAAAAAUUGUAUUGUCCAUAGCCGUAAGUAUUGGAGGGAGUACAUUACUUGCGUUAGUGAUACUGAUUGUUUACAAAUCAUGGAAAUCUGAGAAUGAAAAAGAGGCUCAACUUAAAGUGGACAAGUUCUUGGAAGACUACAAGACUCUUAAUCCAGCCAGAUAUUCUUACAGUGACCUUAAGAAAAUUACGGGUAAAUUUAAACAGAGACUCGGCCAAGGGGGUUAUGGAAGUGUCUUCAAAGGAAAAUUUUCCAAUGGAAUUCCAGUUGCGGUUAAGAUGUUGGAACAUUCAAAAGAAAAUGGAGAAGAGUUCAUCAAUGAAGUGGCCACUAUAGGAAGGAUACACCAUUUUAACAUUGUUCGUCUUCUAGGAUUUUGCUCAGAAGGAACACGACGUGCUCUUAUCUAUGAAUUUAUGCCAAAUGGAUCGCUUGAGAAGUUUCUAUUCUCAAGGGAAAACGAGUCAGCUCAGCGUCCAUUAAGUUGGGAAAAGCUGCAAAACAUUGCAAUUGGCAUUGCCCGUGGAGUCGAGUACUUGCACCAAGGAUGCAACCAAAGGAUCCUUCACUUUGACAUCAAGCCUCACAACAUAUUACUUGACCACAAUUUUAGGCCAAAGAUUUCAGAUUUCGGUCUUGACAAGCUCUGCUCAAAGGAACAAAGUGUUAUAACAAUGACCGCGGCUAGAGGAACUGCUGGCUACAUUGCUCCGGAGCUUUUCUCGAGAAAUUUUGGAGAUGUUUCUUACAAAUCAGAUGUGUUUAGUUAUGGAAUGAUGUUGUUAGAGAUGGUUGGCUGUCGGAAGAAUAUUGAUCUUACAAUUGAAAAUCAGAGCCAAAUUUACUUUCCAGAGUGGAUAUUCAACAAAUUGAGCCAAGGAAAAGAACUUCAUCUUGAAUUUGUUGAAGAUGAAGAUGAGGAAAUUGCCAAGAAGCUUGCAAUAGUGGGACUCUGGUGCAUUCAAUGGAAUCCAAUAGAGAGACCUUCCAUGCCAAAGGUAUUACAGAUGCUUGAAGGUGAUUUACAAAGCUUGGAGAUGCCUCCAAAGCCCUUUGUUUCUUCAAAUGUUGAAAUUGGUGCAAACUGAUUGAAUUGUUGAAGAUUGUAUCUAGAGUGAACUAUACCAUCUGUUUAUUAUGAUUUGGAAAUGGAGCCAAUGUGAUGUAUCGAAUACAAAUGGAAAGCAAGUUCUAGCUCCAAAUAUGCCCAUGUAUAAUAAAUAAGACUCAUACUUUUGUGGAA